CGCCGCAGCCGCCGCCGCCCGCGCGCCUCCCCCCGCGGAGCGAGUGCGGGUCACCGGGUCACUGGGUCAUUGUCUCCGCGCCCGCACCCCGAGCACCCCGUGGAAUCCCCCACGUCAUCCUCAGAACCAUCAAUGAGAUGCAAACAUGAAAGACAAGAGGAAGAAGAAGGACCGCACCUGGGCCGAGGCUGCCCGCCUGGCACUGGAAAAACAUCCCAACUCACCAAUGACAGCAAAGCAGAUAUUGGAAGUCAUUCAGAAAGAAGGCUUAAAAGAAACAAGUGGAACUUCUCCUUUAGCCUGUCUGAAUGCAAUGCUUCACACUAACACUCGAAUAGGUGAUGGAACAUUCUUCAAAAUCCCUGGAAAGUCAGGCCUCUAUGCUCUCAAAAAAGAGGAGUCUUCAUGCACAGCUGAUGGAACUUUGGAUUUAGGCUGUGAGUCUGAACUGGAUGGCACAGAAAUGGCAGAGGCUAAUGGCAGUGGAGAAGGAAAUGGAGUUUGUGCUAAGCAGGUAACUGAUGAAGCAUCUUCUACUAGAGAUCCAAGCCUUAGUAACACAGCAGUGCAAAGCAAGUUAGUGUCUUCCUUCCAGCAGCACACCAAAAAGGCUCUUAAACAGGCUUUGAGACAGCAGCAGAAAAGAAGAAAUGGAGUCUCAAUGAUGGUAAACAAGACUGUUCCUCGUGUUGUUUUGACACCAUUAAAGGUGUCUGAUGAGCAGUCGGAUUCGCCUUCAGGAUCCGAAUCUAAAAAUGGUGAAGCAGACAGUUCAGAUAAAGAAAUGAAACAUGGGCAAAAAUCUCCCACUGGAAAACAAACAAGUCAGCACUUAAAACGAUUAAAAAAGUCUGGUUUAGGACAUUUGAAAUGGACCAAAGCUGAGGACAUUGACAUAGAAACCCCAGGAUCUAUUCUUGUCAACACUAAUUUGAGGGCAUUAAUAAAUAAACAUACAUUUGCUUCUUUACCUCAACAUUUUCAACAGUACCUCCUGCUUUUACUUCCAGAAGUGGAUAGACAGGUAAUGGGAAGUGAGUCAGCAUUAAGAUUGUAUUAUAGCUGUUGAAAUAACUUAUUUUGGGCAUAUGCUUCUAAGAAUUGGUCAUUGAGGGUUGCAGAAGGAGAAUUUACUCCAGAGAUGCAACUUCGGAUAAGACAAGAAAUUGAGAAGGAAAAGAAAACAGAACCUUGGAAAGAAAAAUUCUUUGAAAGGUUUUAUGGAGAAAAGUUAGGAAUGUCAAGGGAGGAAUCUAUAAAACUCACUUCUGGAUCAAGCAAUGAUAGAAUUGAAAGUAAUUCUUCAUGUGGGACCUCAGGUCUUUCUGCACAAACUUCCUCAGAAGAAAAACAGCCCCAAAGCAUGAAAAGUCCAAAUUCUUUGGAUCCUGAUAUCUGUGAUACCCUUUGUCCUAUGGUAGAUGUAGGUAAAGAUGUAAUGGCAGAAUUGGAAACAGAGGAUAUUUUGAUUCCUGAAGAAUCUGUGAUUCAGGAAGAAGUUGCAGAAGAGGUAGAGACGAGUAUCUGUGAAUGUCAAGACGAAAAUCAUAACACAAUUCCUGAAUUUUCUGAGGAGACUGAAAGUCCAGCUGAUUCUCAUGAAGAGCCACCAGUAGCACUACAGGAAGAUAACUUGGAAUCCUGUGUUGUUAUGAAUGACGUCUUAGAAACGCUGCCUCAUAUUCAAGUUAAUAUAGAAGAGAAAUCACAAUCUUCACAUGAAGAAAUGUCAGUUGUUAUCGAUCAACUAGAAGUCUGUGACUCUCUCAUCCCUUCUACUUUAUCUGUGACUAAUGUCAGUGACACAGAACUUAAGGAGCCAGAAACUGCAAUAGAAACCAGUACUCCACAGAUAAAAACAGGGUCGUUGUCUUUAGAAGGCCAAUUUCCAAAUGAUGGAAUUGCUAUUGAUAUGGAGCUACAGAGUGAGCCAGAUGAACAGCUUUCUGAAAAUGCAUGCAUCUCUGAGACGUCCUUCUCUUCUGAGAGCCCUGGGGGACCCUGUACCAGUCUGACAUCUCCAGGAGUAGAUGCCCAGUCUACUUCAGAAGAAUCAUGUACUCCAGCUUCCCUGGAGACUACAUCUUGUUCUGAGGUGUCCAGCACUGAAAAUACUGACAAAUAUAGCCAGAGAAAUCCCACUGAUGAAGCCCCUCAUGCAUCUUUGAUAUCAGAAGUGUCUCCGAUAUCUACUUCACCUGAAAUAUCAGAAGCAUCUCUAAUGUCCACUUUGCAUUUAACAUCUGAGGCAUCCCCAGUAUCUAAUUUGCCUUUAACAUCAGAAACGUCACCCAUGUCUGAUUUACCUUUGAUAUCAGAGACUUCUUCAGUGUCUUCCAUGCUUCUCACAUCUGAGACCUCAUUUGCAACCAAUUUGACACUUCCUUCAGAAACAUCUCCAAUUUCUAAUUCGUCCAUGAAUGAAAGAAUGAUGCAUCAAAUAAAGUCACCAUCCAUUACUGAAGAGCCACUCUCUCCCGAGAAAGAUGAAGUUUCUGCCCCUGCUAAGCCCCUAGACAAGAGUCUUCUCUCUCAACAGAAGAAUCUGUCAAAUACUUCUGAAGUCAUCAAAAUGGGCUCUUCUUCCUCCACGCCUGACCCAUUUCCAUUGGAUGAAUUACACAAUAAAAACUUGAGUCAGCAGCCCUGUAAGUCACUUGUUGAAACUGAAAAGUCCUACCCCGUUACAAUUCCCAAACUUCCUUCAACAGAAAUGAUAAAAGUUAAAAACCAUAAUGUCUUACAAAGAACAGAUAAGAAAGGUGUGUCCUCACCAUUGGAAUUACCUGUCUUUUCUGAAGAGACAGAAAGUAAGGCAAGUGAGCUUCAGUCAGCUAAAUUACAAGACAAGCAAUUUGUCUCAUCAGUGGACAAGGCUUCAUUUCCAGAAGGCUCUAGAAAUAAAACACAUAAGCAAGGGAACACUCAGAAUCGCUUGGAGACUUCACAUAAUUCCAAAUUGUCAGAGCCUUCCAAGUCACCGGAUAUGAUAAGAAAUGAAAGUAGAGACUCAGAGAUAUCAAAAAGGAAAACAGUAGAGCAACACAGCUUCGGAAUCUGUAAAGAAAAGAGGGCUAGGAUAGAAGAUGAUCAGUCAGCCAGAAACAUAUCAUCUAGCAGCUCACCGCAGAAAGACCAGCCUCCAAGAGAGGAACCCAGGGUCCCACCGCUCAAGAUCCAGCUUUCCAAAAUCGGGCCACCGUUCAUUAUCAAGAGCCAGCCUGUCUCCAAACCAGAGUCUCGAGCAUCCCCCAGCACAUCUAUCAGUGGGGGGAGGAACACUGGUGCCAGGACCCUUGCAGAUAUCAAGGCCAGAGCCCAGCAAGCCAGGGCCCAAAGAGAGGCUGCAGCAGCUGCUGCGGUGGCAGCUGCAGCAAGCAUUGUUUCUGGUGCCAUGGGGAGCCCAGGAGAAGGUGGAAAGGCAAGAACUCUAGCACAUAUCAAAGAGCAGACGAAGGCCAAACUCUUCGCAAAGCAUCAGGCCCGAUCCCACCUCUUCCAGAACACUAAAGAGUCCCGCUUGCCUCCACUCAGUUCAAAGGAAGCACCAUCAAGCUUAGAGGUGUCUUCUACUCCUGAAGUAAAAAUCGAAGGUUCUACUGGUGUCAUUAUUGUCAAUCCUAACUGCAGAUCACCUAGCAACAAGUCUGUGCAUCUCCGGGAGACCACCACCGUAUUACAGCAGUCUCUUAACCCAACAAAAUUUCCAGAAACUGCCACUGACUUAUCUGUUCCUAGUUCUGAUGAGAGUAUAUCAGUGUCACAUUUAUCUGAGAAAAUUGUUUCAUCUACCUCUUCUGAAAAUAGUAGUGUGCCUGUACUUUUUAAUAAAAAUCAUGUCCCUGUAUCUGUGUGCAGCACUGCUAUGUCGGGAGCAAUUAAAGAACAUCCCUUUGUGGGUUCUGUUGAUAAAUCCUCUGUCCUAAUGUCUGUUGACAGUGUGAACACUGCAAUUUCUGCUUGUAACAUAAAUAUGUUGACAGCAAUGCAAGGAGCCGACACGCCAUGCAUAGCCAUUCUACCAAAAUGCAUUGAGAGCACUCCUGUCCCCACCACUACAGAGGGCUCCAGUGUGUCGAGCUCCAUGGAUGAUAAGCAAUUGCUCAUAUCAAGCAGCAGUGCUAGUAACUUAGUCUCCAGUCAGUAUACCUCUGUGCCAACUUCCUCCAUUGGAAAUAAAUUGACAAACCAUCUCCCUCCCAGCUCUGUCUUGAUUCCCCCAGCAGGAAUGAAUAGUAGAUUUCCUUCUGAGAAGAUAGCUGUGCCUGCGAGUGAGGAACAGACCACCCUGUCCAUGAAUACCACUGUGAGAGCAGCCCUCAGCUGCAGGGACUCUGUGACAGUCACAGACACACUGGUUGCACGCCCACCUGUGGCAAUGUUUACUGGAAGCAUGCUAACGAUAAACUCUUAUGAUAGUCCUCCUAAGUUAAAUGUUGAAAACCUGGAUAAAAAUGCAGGGCCUCGAAACAAAGCAGAUAAUUCGGGAAAACCCCAGCAGCCUCCCGGGGUCUUUGCACCAGCAGCCAUAAACAGAUCGAUUCCAUGUAAAGUCAUUGUAGACCACAGCACCACGCUGACCUCCACAUUAUCCCUGACUGUCUCCAUCGAAAGUGCAGAAGCCAACUUGGACUUUCCGAGCAGAUCUGUGAGGACAGAAGCAACGAUACAACCCAUGGCAUGUCCUCAGGUAUCUGUUAUCAGCAGGCCUGAGCCUAUUGCAAAUAAUGGUGUAGAUCAUGGUUCCAGUUUCAUUGCUGCUUCUGCAGCGAAACAAGACUGUAAAGUGAUGCAGACCACCUGUGCAAAGGUCCGAGAAGUACCCCUGGUCAUCUCAGAUAAGUUAGCUGAGGUGACUGCUCCUAACAGUAGUUUGGCUGAGCAGACUCGUGGCCCAGCCACUUUCAAAAGUGAAGCAGACACAACCUGUAGCAAUCAGUAUGCCCCAAGUAACCGAAUUUGCUGGAAUGAUGAAGGCAUGAGGAGCACAGCACAACCUCUGGUUGGUCACUCGGGUUCAAAUAAACAAAAAGAACAGCUAGAGCAACGUGGCCCAACGACUAUUAAAACUGAACACACCAACUACACACACAUGCCAGAACUUCCCUCCAGAAAUCUCCUAACAAGUAUCACUCUGCCUGUGAAGUCUGAACCUCAUGAAAUGGACAAGGGCUUUAUAAUGGACACAGACUUUCCGGGCCCUGAACUGCCUCCUCCCCCAGCCCCAGAGGCAGUUCCUAGUGUGCAACAGACACUGAGUGUGAAGGUUCCCACCUCUGCUCCCAUGGAAGAGGCAAUUUCCUUAGCUACAGACAACCUAAAAAGAGUCCCUAGCACAGGCAGCUCAAGCUGUCGUCUGUCAUCUGUAGAGGCUAACAAUCCACUGGUGACACAACUACUACAGGGCAACCUGCCUCUGGAGAAAGUGUUACCUCAACCAAGAUUGGGAGCCAAGCUUGAAAUUAACAGGCUUCCUCUGCCUCUUCAAACUACCUCAGUGGGUAAAAUAACAUCAGAGAGAAACAUUGUGGAAAUGCCAUCCAGCUCUCCAAAUCCAGACGGGAAGGGCUACCUGUCAGGGCCUCUUGCACCACUCCAAAUGAGAAAGCGAGAAAACCACCCCAAAAAGAGAGUAGCCAGGACUGUGGGGGAACAUACCCAAGUUAAAUGUGAACCAGGGAAAUUGUUAGUGGAGCCAGAUGUUAAAGGAGUGCCUUGUGUCAUCAGCUCUGGCGUGAACCAGCUAGGACAUGGCCAACCAUUUAAACAAGAGUGGCUCAGCAAGCACUCCAUGCAAAACAGAAUCGUCCACAGCCCUGAGGUCAAACAGCAGAAGCGGCUGCUCCCUUCCUGUAGCUUCCAGCAGAAUAUAUUUCAUAUUGACAAGAAUGGUGGAUUUCACCCAGACGCCGGUACCUCACACAGGCAGUUCUACCAAAUGCCUAUGGCUGCCAGAGGGCCCCUUCCUACUGCAGCGCUGUUGCAGGCUUCUGCCAAGACCCCUGUGGGCUGUAAUGCAUUUGCAUUCAAUAGGCAUCUUGAACAAAAAGCAUUGGGAGAAGUUGGCCUUUCUUCAACACCUCACCAGCUAAGGCUAGCCAACAUGUUGUCCCCCAGUAUGCCAAUGAAAGAUAGUGAUGAUAUUGGAGGGCCUGCACACUCGAUGCCAAACAAAGCACUAGUGCACCCAACACCCCCACCGCCCCCUCCCCCACCACCACCGCCACCGCCACCCUUGGCUUUGCCUCCACCUCCACCACCACCACCACCUCCACUACCUCCACCUCUUCCUAAUGCAGAAGUCCCAUCCGAUCAAAAGCAACCCCCAGUUACCAUGGAAACCACUAAGAGACUUAGUUGGCCACCGUCCACUGGCAUAUGUAGCAAUAUAAAAUCAGAACCUCUUUCUUUUGAGGAAGGUUUGAGCAGCAGCUGUGAACUGGGCAUGAAACAAGUUUCUUAUGACCAGAAUGAAAUGAAAGAACAGUUAAAAGCAUUUGCUCUAAAAAAUGCAGAUUUCUCUUCCUAUUUGCUUUCUGAGCCACAAAAGCCUUUUACCCAAUUAGCUGCUCAGAAAAUGCAGGUGCAGCAACAACAGCAGCUCUGUGGAAAUUACCCAACAAUACACUUUGGUAGCACGAGCUUCAAAAGGGCAGCAUCUGCAAUUGAAAAGUCCAUUGGGAUUUUGGGAAGUGGCUCCAAUCCUGCCACAGGCCUGCCUGGUCCAAACGCUCAGAUGCCCGUUCAGAACUUUGCCGACAACAGCAACAGGGAUGAACUGGAACUGAAAUGCUCUUGCAGGCUGAAAGCCAUGAUUGUGUGCAAAGGCUGUGGGGCCUUCUGCCAUGAUGACUGCAUAGGACCUUCAAAACUCUGUGUAGCUUGUCUGGUUGUGCGAUAAGAGCUGAAUGCAAGAUGCAGUAUCCCUUUUCAACACAGAAAAGCCAAACUGCCUCAACUACAACACAUUGAAUAACUCAAUGGUUUAUUGCAUGCUAAUUUAUUUUACUUUGGAACAUAUUAUCUUUUCACUAUGGGAUUAUUACUUUCUUGUAUUUCUCAGAGAAGAGUGUGUCACAACCUAGUAAUUCAACAGCAUGUCUUCUACAUAUUUAGUUGCCAUUGCAGCUUCUAAAAAUGGCUGUCUGUCUGUAUGCAGGUAUCUUUUUUUCUCUUUAAUUAUUCCAAACAUAGAAAGGAGAAGGACACAAUACUAUAGAAAUGCAGGUGUAGGGAUAUGAUGGAAAAAGUGAUGCAUGGUGGUUAUAUAUUCUUACAUAGAUUAACCUUAACUGAGAAGGCUUUACCAUUAACUCUUCUGGACCAACCUUCACUAUGGUAAUUAUAUCAUACUUGGAAAGGGGAAUCUGAUUUAAAUGUAUAUGAUUCCUUACACUUAACUCACGUCACAAAACCUAGACGAAGGGAGGCAUGCCAUUAAUGAACUACACUGUUCUGACUUACUUUCCUCCUAUUUUUACUGUAUCCAGAGGCUGACACGAUGUUUGAACCUGCCUCGGACAUUGUACACACAUUGAAGUGAAAUUGCAUUAUGGACCUCAUGCCCAAUAACUUAGGGUGGGACGCUGGACACCUAAUUGCCAGUCAGUUGCCAGAAGAGAGCCACAGGUCCAGCCAAUUCCAGAUUCCAUGUGUAGCUAUGAGCAAGUAUGAAAAAAAAAAUCCCUAUAAUUUAAAGCAAAUGCGAUGUUAUCUAUGCCAACACACAAAUGGGUUGUAAUGUAGAUACUAGUAUAUUUUAUUUACUCCAAUACAAUUGCAAGAUAGUAAAAUUGGGGGGAGGGAUUAAUUAUAACCUUUUAUUGGUAACUCAAUGCAAUAUGGCUUCCGACUUUGCAGAGGCUGACCACCUAUUUUUAAAGUGUCAUUGAUUACAACAAAAGGACUCCAGAAUUGACGUGUUUUCCUGAGUAACUUUUUUUUUUCCCCUCAUGUUUUACUCUUGAGUUACAUUUAGUUUUGAAUUAGUCCUUAUCCCCUUAGGCAAACUCAGUAUAUUUUUUUUUAUAUUUUGAGGAGUGGAACUGCUUUUGAAAAGGGGAUAUUGCAUCUUACCAGUAUUGUCAGUGCUUCUCCAGUAAAGUCUUGGAUGUUGAUUUGAGCUACAUUUUAUAUAUACUGACCACUCACAUUCCAGAGGAAAAGCUUUAGUUCAGGAGGUCCUGUUCCCUAAGACAAGUUCAAAAGCACAUGCACAUUGUGGGAAGAGAAGCAAGGAUAACAGUGCCCAUCUAACUUCAAAUUACAGAGCACAAAGUGUGGAAUGCCAUUAAUCCACUGAUUGAUUGUGGCUUUAGAAUUUUCUUUAAAUGGAGGUCAAAUAAUCUAUAUCCAGGGUAAGAAUGACAGAUAUUGUCAGGGGACCAUCCUAAUCAAUGUACACUUUUGACAUUCCCUUAAAACAUGUCUUAAAGUUUUAACUGGAAUGAGCAGAAAUUACAUUCCGUGGGUGGGCAUUAUUGAGGAUAAUCAACCGUAGUAUGUUUUAUAUUCUCCAUAUUUGUUACUGUGAUGAUGCCAAAUUUCUUUAGAUGAUAGUGAUACAAUUGUAUAAAUAAAUUGCUGGGUAGUGAAAUACGCUUUAUGUUCAAAAGUAAGAAAAUCAAAGAGUGGCCUCCUUUCUGUGGCCAGGGUUCGGUGCUUCAAUACUGUCAUUUCAGUUUUUCUCAUUACAUUUUACAAAAUCCGUGUCUGACAAAUCAACAGUGCACUCAAGCAGCCCCUCACAAGGAAUGCAGCUUCAGUACCAGUGGAUCAUAAGCUUGUUCUGCGUCAGGGUGUACUUCAUGGCAUCCUCAUCCAUGAUGUCUCUCGUCUGCUUGACUCUCUCUUGCUUUAAUCUCACAGAAGCGAACAAUAUAAUAUAGACACUUGCAUGUCAACUACUUCCAAAUUCAGUUCCUGCUCUUCCAGUGUCAGAUACUGUCUACACCAGCAGAUUCAAAACUACAGUAGUAACUGACAUGGUGUUCUUGUGAAAGAAACUCCAGUCUACAGAUACUGCACUCUAUCUAUGAGGUACAUUGAGGCUGUUGUGCUUUUUGAGCUCAUUCACACUUCCGCCACUAUAGACCCUGCAAGUUGCUUACUGGGAAUAAAGAAAAGUGUCCUUUUGUAUGCUUGAUUUUUCAUAUAAUAGGAUUGAAAAUCUAUCCUUAAUCAUGCAUGGAUUCUAUUAUCCAAGUUCAAAAAGCAUACUUUUUUCCUGUGCCCUUGCUAUUUUUUUUUUACCCCAGUUUUAAAUUCCUAGUAUUCACAUAUGGUUUAUGUCAUUGAUAAAUUGAUAUCUUUGGGUUAAGACCGAAUGGGAAAAAGUAAAAUGAAACUUCAGAAGUACUAUGUAGACCAAAUCUUUUACAGGUGUUCAAUUAAUGAGAAGACAAAUGCCAGUAUAUUUGGAUUAAGUGAGUUCUUAGUUUCCUGAUAUCCACAGCUAUCUGCCUAAAGUGCAAAAGAAGUAUGCUCUUUACUAAGUGGUUACUGUGGUGUGGUGUGCAAAAUUUCAUAUGUUUAUACUCUGAUUGUUGGACACUGUUAACACUAUGGAAAAUCGAACUUGCACACGCAAUGUUUUUGUUUUUGUUUUUUUUUUUCCUGGCCACAAAGGAUGUAUUUUCUUUAGUAGCACUUUUGGGGCUGAGGAAGGAAGAAAUCUGCUAUUCCCUAACUCCCCCUUCUCUAGGAUGUGCAUAUGUGUGAGGUGUAUAAAAACAUUUAGGUAGACAAUGGACAUGUUAAUAAGAACAGUCUGAUGCAAAUUCAUUUCAAAAUGAAUUUUUACUCCCCCCAAGUGAGGACAGCAGAAAUGUUGGUGAACUGAACACCAUAGUUAUAUACUAUUUGCCAGCUAAGGUCUAAUUUGAAUUAAAGAAAAACUUGAAAACAUACAAGUUUGAAUCUGAUUGCUGAAAAAAAAAAAAGAAAACAGGUUCAUGCAUAUUGGUGCUUCUUAAUGGAGUUAAGAGUAAGACUACAUGAUAUUGCAGCUCUACUUUGUUUGCAGAUGCAUAAUUUCAAAAGACGAGGUAGCUAUGGCCUUGGUUUCCCAGUGCCUCCUUGGUCUGGUGAAUUCCAGGUUACAGAAGCUGAAACCAAGCUUAGGGUUGCAUCCUGUAGCUCCUGUGUGGAAGUCAGCACCACACUAGCUACCUGGCAGGAAUCACCCACUGAACUUGAAGUGCCGGGGGUCAACUGUCCAUCUAUGUGUUUCCAGAGAAUAAUGUGAAGAGUCCUGGAAUAGGAACUCGUCAUUCUGUCAGGGGCCGAUGUAGCCAAAAUGUCAUUGAAUUUAAGAAUCUUGUCGUCUUUAGUCCUCAUUCUUUGUCACUGUAAAAUGAACAAAAACCAUUUUUACUAUAAUUUAAAAGAGCUGCUUUUUUAUAGCACACACUAUUUCGUUUUGUACUAUAUUUGAUAGUUGCAGACUAAUUUAGACUGUAGAAAAAUCUUUGUAUUUGUACUGUUCACGAAUGUUUCAAAGAAAGUGCUUUACUUGGUUGCCAUAAUUUUCUUGUACUGCUGUAUUUUCCCCAUUUCAUGGAAAUCUAAUCUGAUUCAUAUCUUCAGUACAUUUUUUUAAUGUGUUGUGUUUUGUUUGGGUUUUUUUUUUUUGUCAGUAUUUUGAAUGUUUACAUCUGUUUGACAUUAGCCAUUUAAUGCCUUUAAAAAAAAAAAAAAGGCGGUAUUCCUCCUACAGUGUAACAGCAAAAUGUGAAAUCAACCCUAAAGUAACAUACAUGACAAACACAGAUUGGGGCAAAGGCUCUGAGCAUACAUAGACAUUUUAUAUCAGCAUACAGAAAAGUAAAAACCCUCCUUCCGUCCUCUACCAAAGAAUAUAUUAUUCCCAUAGGAAAAACUCAGAAAGGUGUGUAAAAUCCUCAGAAGGGGGAGCAGUUGAUUCAGUAAGACUGCUACAAUUUAAUACUGUUAUGCUUGCUUUGAUACCUGACUAAAUGUGACUGAGUGCAACAAGCAUUUAAAACAUUUUUAGACAGUGUUUUGUUUAGAAUUCAGGGAUCAUGCAUUUUUAAUGGUGCUGUUUGUUUUUUUUAUUUCUUCUUUUCUACAAAGAAAAAAAAGUGUUGCCUACAAAAGUGACUGCUCACGAUACCGUAAGUUAAAUGAAAUGUUUGUCUCUUCAUGUUUCUUUGCUUUUCCCUUUCUCAAAGUAAGGAUUUGGGUUUCAAUAUUAAAUAUUCUGGAGAAAAUAAAGAAAUUAAACAUCAAA